CAAGACAAUGAAGCACAGCCAUACCUACUGGGGAUCUCCCCAUGAAACCGGUUCAGCGUUCGAUUUCAGGAGCGAUGUAAUCACCACACCAUCCCAAGGCAUGCUACUAGCCAUUUCUCGGACAACCCUCCACGAUGAUGUAUACGGCGAAGACUCGACAACGCAAAACUUCGAACAAGAAAUGGCAAAGACGUGUGGUCACGAAAGCGCGGCGUUUGUCCUCUCUGGUACAAUGGCGAACCAGCUAGCCCUUCGAUCUCUCCUUCACCAACCCCCUCAUGCUAUUCUCGCAGAUGCUAGUGCUCACAUUAUUCAUUGGGAGGCGGGAGGUGUUGCUCACUUGUCGGGAGCCAUGGUCCAGGGGAUUCGUCCUAAGAACGGGGUCUACCUCACGCUCGAGGACGUUAAAAAGCACACCAAUAUUACAGAUGAUGUGCACAAGUGUCCGACACAAGUCAUUAGCAUAGAGAACACUAGUUCGGGAGUGAUCAUUCCUCUAGAGGAGUUGCAAAGAAUCAAGGAAUGGGCCUCUACACAUGGUAUCGCUAUCCACAUGGACGGAGCAAGGCUAUGGGAGGCAGUAUCAGCCGGAGCGGGAACUUUGGAAGAGUUUGGCAAAUGCUGCGAUGUCUUGACAGUUGACUUCAGCAAGAACUUGGGUGCGCCUAUGGGCGCCAUGGUUCUCGGCUCGUACGAGCUAAUCAAGCGUCUGAAGCGGCUGCGUAAGAGUAUCGGUGGUGGCAUGAGGCAAGCUGGUGUUCUUGCCGCCGCAGCGCGACAGGCUGUCGUCGAAAACUUUGGGCUUGGGCCUCAAGACUCUAGAGGUGUGCUUGCUUUUAGUCGCGCGAUGGCAGAAGAGGUUGGAAAAAUGUGGAUGAUGAGAGGAGGGAUAGUACUAAAGCCUAUCGAGACUAAUAUGGUCUGGCUAGACCUCAGAGGUUGUGGUGUAGAAACUAGUGAGUGGAACGAGAUAGGGAGAAGAAAUGGUAUCAAGCUUGAUGGGAAAAGGAUCGUGUUGCAUCACCAGAUCAGCGAGUUGGCAAUAAAACGUCUGGGGGCCGCAAUGGACGAAGCGCUGGCCCGAGUUGGUCCGACACGACUAUUGGGUGUUGCGCCCAAAUCUCUGUUAUGA